AUGCGGUUUGAUUUCAGCACCAUCAGACUUGCAACAAAUAACUUCUCCGAGGAAAAUAAGAUCGGACGAAGUAUGGUUGGUCUUGUUUACAGGGGUAGACUUCAUGAUGGACAGAAGAUUUCUGUGAAAAGGUUCUACCAGCAUGAUUCGUAUCGAGAUUAUUUCAAAAACGAGGUGAAAUUAGCUACCAAGCUUCAACACCGCAAUCUUGUUAAGCUCCUUGGUUUCUGCUUGCAAGGAAGUGAAAGAAGAUCUAAUAUUAUAAGAGGCAUUACUCGCGGACUUCUUUACCUUCAUGAGGAUUCUGGUUUGACAAUUAUCCACCGUGAUAUCAGAGCCAGAAAAAUUUUGUUAGAUGAAGAAUUGAACCCCAAGAUUUUAGGUUUUGGAAGAGCAAAGUUGUUUGGAGCUGAUCAAACUGAAGAAGCAUCAAAUUUUCCGCAAAUGUGGACCAGUUUAAAGGGAUAUCUAGCUCCGGAGUUCUUCCAGCUUGGCGGGCUGAUUAAUUCAGUGAAGAUUGAUGUGUUCAGUUUUGGAGUAUUGCUUCUAGAAAUAGUGACCGGACAAAAAUAUACGCCUCUAUAUCAUGACAAGACUCUCGAACCUGCCCUCAUAAGCACAGUAUGGAGGAAUUGGAUGGAAGGGACAGCCUUAAAUCUUGUAGAUCCACAAAUAAUAGAUGGUAACGAAUCUGAGAUAGUGAGGUGCAUACAAAUUGGAUUGUUGUGCAUCCAAGAGAACAAAUUUUCCAGACCAACCAUGAAUUCAGUUGUUCUUAUGCUUAAUUGCAACUGUUUCUCUCUGCCUGUUCCCUCGCGGCCAGGAUAUUUCCAAGAAAGCACUAGAAAUGAACUAAACGGGUCAUCAUCAUCAUCUGAUAUUUUGAAUUCAGAAGUUAUUGAUCAAUCUGAUGAUCAUUUCAAGUGCCAGUUUCUUGAAGGGUCCACGAGUGAACCACAUUCUAACGAGUAUGGUCCGUAA